AGGAGCCGCGGGGCAGGUGCAUGGAGAACGUCACCAGCCCGUGGAGCCCUGAAGGCCGGGGAAGCUGCAGCCCGACGGAUCCCUAAAGGCUCUAGCCCUUGAUCGGGGCAGAUUUAGACCAGGAGGUGGGCACUCAAGUCUGUGCCAUUCCUCUGCUCUUUGGGAGUGCCCCGAUUUGUGGAAACCUUGUGGACCCAAUCUCUCCGAACACGGGCUCGAGUGGCCAGGUUGAGUCUGGCUUGUGACGGUCAUUUAUUCAAAAAGAUGGUUCUUUAUUUAAAUUCUGUUUUAUGCUUCCCGGUCAUACUACUGCACCACUGGAUUGGGACAACUUUUUCCUUAAAUCUUGAAGAUCCAAAUGUGUGUAGCCACUGGGAAAGUUAUUCAGUUACCGUUCAAGAAUCAUAUCCACAUCCUUUUGAUCAAAUUUACUACACCAGCUGUACUGACAUACUGAACUGGUUUAAAUGCACACGGCACAGAAUCAGUUAUCGCACUGCCUACAGACAUGGAGAAAAAACUAUGUACAGGCGGAAAUCCCAGUGCUGUCCUGGGUUUUAUGAAAGCAGGGAAAUGUGUGUCCCUCACUGUGCUGAUAAAUGUGUCCAUGGGCGUUGUAUUGCUCCAAACACCUGUCAGUGUGAGCCUGGCUGGGGGGGCCCCAACUGCUCUAGUGCAUGUGACAGUGACCACUGGGGACCCCACUGCAGUAGUCGCUGCCAGUGCAAAAAUAAAGCCUUAUGCAACCCUAUCACUGGAGCCUGCCACUGUGCUUCAGGAUUCAAAGGCUGGCGCUGUGAAGAACGCUGUGACCAAGGGACAUAUGGAAACGACUGCCACCAAAAGUGUCAGUGUCAAAAUGGAGCCACCUGUGAUCAUGUGACUGGAGAAUGCAGAUGCCCUCCUGGAUACACUGGGGCUUUCUGUGAGGAUCUUUGCCCUCCAGGCAAGCAUGGGCCACAGUGUGAAGAAAGAUGUCCUUGCCAGAAUGGAGGAGUGUGUCACCAUGUGACUGGGGAAUGUGCCUGCCCACCUGGAUGGAUGGGCACAGUCUGUGGUCAGCCUUGUCCGGAGGGCCGUUAUGGAAAAAACUGUUCUCAGGAAUGUCAGUGCCACAAUGGAGGCACGUGUGACUCAGCGACAGGUCAAUGUCAUUGCAGUCCAGGUUACACAGGGGAACGAUGCCAGGAUGAAUGCCCAGUGGGGACUUAUGGACUGCAAUGUGCAGAGACCUGCCAGUGCAUGAAUGGAGGGAAGUGCUAUCACAUUAGUGGCGCCUGUUUGUGUGAACAAGGAUAUACAGGAGAACACUGUGAAACAAGGCUUUGCACUGAUGGGGUCUAUGGUCUCAAGUGUGACAAAAAGUGUCCGUGUCACUUGCCCAAUACCCAAAGCUGUCACCCUAUGUCUGGAGAGUGCUCCUGCAAGCCUGGCUGGUCUGGACUCUACUGUAAUGAGACAUGUUCCCCUGGAUUCUAUGGUGAAUCUUGUCAACAGAUCUGCAGCUGCCAAAAUGGUGCUGACUGUGACAGUGUGACUGGAAAAUGCAUCUGUGCCCCAGGAUUUAAGGGUCCCGAUUGCGGCACUCCUUGCCCUCCAGGAACAUAUGGGGUAAACUGUUCCUCUGUGUGUAGCUGCAAAAAUGGAGCCCUCUGUUCUUCAGUAGAUGGUUCUUGUACUUGCAAAGCAGGUUGGCAUGGUGUGGAUUGUUCAAUAAACUGUCCCAGUGGCACAUGGGGUCUUGGCUGUAACAUUACCUGCCAGUGUCUUAAUGGAGGGGCCUGUAAUGCUCUGGAUGGAACGUGUACCUGUGCUCCAGGUUGGAGAGGGGAAAAAUGUGAAUUUCCUUGCCAGGAUGGCACGUAUGGGAUGGAUUGUGCUGAACGCUGUGAUUGCAGCCAUGCAGAUGGCUGUCAUCCAACCACUGGGUAUUGUCGCUGCCUCCCUGGAUGGUCAGGUAUACACUGUGACAGCGUGUGUGCUGAGGGACAGUGGGGGCCGAACUGUUCAUUGUCCUGUUACUGCAAAAAUGGAGCUUCAUGCUCUCCAGAUGAAGGAAUCUGUGAAUGUGCACCAGGAUACAGAGGCACCACUUGUCAAAGAAUUUGUUCUCCUGGGUUUUAUGGACAUCGGUGUAGCCAGACCUGUCCCCAGUGUGUGCACAGCAGUGGCCCUUGCCAUCAUGUUACCGGACUUUGUGAUUGCUUACCAGGAUUCACAGGUGCCCUCUGCAAUGAAGUGUGUCCCAGUGGCAGAUUUGGCAAAAACUGUGCUGGCAUCUGUACAUGCACCAACAAUGGAACAUGUAAUCCCAUCGACAGAUCUUGUCAAUGUUACCCUGGUUGGAUUGGCAGUGAUUGCUCUCAGCCUUGCCCACCCUCUCAUUGGGGUCCAAACUGUAUUCAUACAUGCAAUUGCCAUAAUGGAGCUUACUGCAGUGCCUAUGAUGGGGAGUGUAAAUGUACUCCAGGAUGGACUGGCCUCUAUUGUACACAGAGAUGUCCCUUGGGGUUUUAUGGGAAAGAUUGUGCAUUAAUAUGCCAGUGUCAGAAUGGAGCUGAUUGUGACCACAUAACGGGACAGUGUACAUGCCGCACAGGAUUCAUGGGCAAACAUUGUGAACAGAAAUGUCCCCAAGGUACAUAUGGCUAUGGCUGCCGGCAAAUAUGCGACUGUCUGAAUAACUCAACUUGUGACCACAUCACAGGAACUUGCUAUUGCAGCCCAGGCUGGAAAGGAGCAAGGUGUGAUCAAGCUGGUGUAAUCAUAGUGGGAAACUUAAACAGUUUAAGCCGUACCAGUACUGCUAUCCCCGCGGACUCAUACCAGAUAGGGGCUAUAGCAGGCAUCAUUAUUCUUGUCCUUGUCGUCCUCUUCCUGCUAGCACUAUUCAUCAUUUAUAGACAGAAGCAGAAGGGGAAAGAAACAAAUAUGCCAGCAGUUACCUAUACACCUGCUAUGAGGGUCAUCAAUGCAGAUUACACCAUUUCAGAAACCAUUCCUCACAGUAAUGGUGGAAAUACUAAUAGUCACUACUUCUCCAACCCUAGCUAUCACACCCUAACACAGUGCACAACCCCAUCUCAUGUCAACAACAUGGACAGGAUGACCCUUGCAAAGACUAAAAACAACCAGCUCUUUGUGAAUCUUAAGAAUGUGGAACCUGGAAAGCGAGGUGCAGUUAUGGACUACACGGGAACACUGCCUGCUGAUUGGAAGCAUGGUGGCUACCUCAAUGAGCUCGGGGCUUUUGGACUUGACAGAGGAUAUCUGGGAAAAUCCCUGAAAGAUCUGGUGAAAAACUCAGAAUACAAUUUAAGUAACUGCUCACUAAGUAGCUCUGAAAAUCCAUAUGCUACCAUAAAAGAUCCACCAGCACUUGUACCAAAAAACACAGAAUGUGGAUAUGUUGAAAUGAAGUCACCAGCACGCAGGGACUCGCCAUACGCUGAGAUCGGCAACUCUGCUUCAGCCAACAAGAAUGUCUAUGAAGUUGAACCUACAGUGAGUGUUGUCCAGGGAGCAUUCAGCAACAAUGGACCUUUCAGCCAAGAUCCGUAUGAUCUUCCGAAAAACAGCCACAUUCCAUGCCAUUAUGACUUGCUACCAGUUCGAGAUAGUCCAUCCACUUCUAAGAAAGAGAUCAGCAGUGAAUGACACUUAAAGGUCAUUGUGCAGAACAGUGGAACUCUAGAGGAGAACAGCAGCCUGGUUAUAUCCUCCUUCUAGUUUGCCACCAUUCAGUUUGGCUCCUAAUCCAUUCAGUAGACAAUUGUUGUACGUUAACCAAGAAUCUCAAGAUGAGGUUUGUAUACACACAUGGUCAAUGGAUAGAUGCCAAGCUGAGAAGGUCCGGAUCAGAUUUUGAAUUAAAAUUAAUUUUAUAGAGACGCCAAUGCAGCACAUAUACAUUGUAAUAUACUGGCUUAAACAUAGUAGUUUGCAGUACAGUUCUGAUAAUUCCUAUUUCUGCAACUUUGAAACUGGAAUACAUGUUUGUUGUUUGCUUCCUCAUGUUUCAUAGUAGAGAUGCCCCCAGGACAGUUCAACUGACCAAGCACCUACCUUGUAUAGGUAAUCUGACUCAUCAUUACCUAUGAGAAAAAUGGUCUUGUUCCUAAAUUUCUUCACUUUGCAGUGUAUUGCAGUGGAUUGUCUUUCGUCAAGACACAAAGAGACAUGGUCUGAAGGUGUGUAUAGGUUGCAAUACUGCAACAAUUUGGAAGACCCAGCACGAGAUUUUUUUUAUGUCCAUUUUUGCCAUGAAAAUACAAUGCCUGAGUAAUUUUGAAGGUGAUGAAAACACUGCAUGCAAUAAUGUUACUGCUAUGCCUCGAGAUCAGUGGAUACCCCACAUUUGUAGGUUUGGGCACCAGUCACUUCCAGACCAUUGGGCACAUUUCAGUUACAUAUACUGCAGUUCUGACUACUCUUCCUGGCAUACACAAGUAAUAAUCCAUAGCAUAUCAGUAAUUAUUUCAUAAAUAUAUAAAUGAAAUCAGUUUAUUUUUGUCGGAAUGGACUGUGUGUUAAGGAAUGGAUAAAAAUGAUGAGUGCUAUGAAUCUGAACUCAAGGAAAGGUUUAAAUUUUAUAAACAAGUAGUAUAUGGGCUGUAAUAUAGGGUAAGAAUAGUACAAUGUUUUGAUUAAUUUUCCCCUAGAAAUGAUGGAACAAUCUCUGCAUAUUUGCUAAAAAGGCACCUUUUCUUUUUCAUAGU